AUGCUUCAUCUAUGCCUCUGCUCUCGCCGCUCCAACCUCUCCGCCUUUCGCACUCUCGCUGACGAGUUUCGCCGCAUCGUUCUCUCGUCGCCCAAGACAGCCACCAUCAGCCGAACGAAAGUGGUAACCAGCACGGCGACAGUCGCGACAAUUAGACUCGGAACCACCAGCGUGCGUGGUUCAUCGCGCAAAGUCACCGCCUCCGCACAACCGCGCGGGGUUCCGCUCUCCGCGCGUUCCCCGUAUGUAGCGCAUUCCGCGUAUGCAGCGCCAACGCCACGCCUUUCCUCCACAGUCGCACCCUCCGCUACCCCACUCUGGCGGCUUCCCCGCACGCCUUCCCCGCGAAGCCCCUCCGCCAUGCGACGUGACACUAGCGGAUGCGCCGCGGCGGCGGCUGCUCUAGCCGAGUUUUCGAGUUCGCUCCCAGAAGCUGUCCACGUCAGCGACUAUGUCCUCCACGAAUCGGAUCUUGCGAUCGUCGACGGGAAGCGCGAGGAGAUUAAAGCCCAACCAAAUACGUCUCUAGUCAUCUUGAACUUCAAGCUCCCGCUUUUCACGCCGAUCCUCUGGCAGCAAGGUGCGCCGCGUCGCUGCUCUCCCCGCAAACGAUAUCUUGUCUCGACAACUAGGCGAAUAGGGUUACCGAGUAGAAGCGGUCGCUCGUUGACGCUUCGCCAAUGCCGAAGAGCUGCGCGCCGAGCUGAGCUGUUCACUGCACACGCGAUCAGCGCAGCUUCUGGUCGUAACCCGCAGCAGCAGAACAGUCCACGUCCCUUUCUCUUUUCCCAGCUCCCCUUGUUCUUCCUUCUCCCUUUUCUCCCCCGUUUUCUCCCCAUGAUCUCCCCGUCUCUCCCCCCUCCCCGCUUUAUUCUCCCCCUACCAGCGGGAUCGUUGCGGCUGUGCGCGGAUGGCGGAGUGAACCGCCUGUACGACGAGCUUCCAGGAAUGUUCCCGGGGGAGGACCCUGAUGACGUCAGACGAAGGUUCGUGCCGCACAUAAUCAAGGGCGAUCUGGACUCGGCGCGCCCCCAAGUGCUCGCCUUCUACAAACAGCUGGGAGCGGAGAUAGUGGAUAUGAGCAAGGACCAGGACACCACAGACCUGCACAAGUGCAUCAACCGGAUUCUGCUCGACACCGGCCACGCCAGCUCCGUCACUCCCUCCGCCAUCCCUCCUCCUACACCUUCUCCUCCUCCUCUCUCCGACUCCACUGCUGCUGCCCAAACCCCUUCCACCACUGCCACCACUGCCAGCACCAACAACACAGAAUCUACAGUCAACGCUGCUCUAUACCCAGAAACUUCGUCUCAUUCUCUCAAUUCUGCAGCAGAACAGCCCUCAUCUGCACUUGCCCAACAACCACACAGUAAAAUCCUCUCCCAAUCCGAACCUAAACCCGAACCUCCUGCUUUGCCUCGGCCGGACCAACCACAGCCAAGAGCCCUCCUCCCAGCCAAGGUGGUUCGGCCGGACCAGAGAGUGAUAGUGGUGGGGUCGCUGGGCGGCCGCAUGGACCACGAGUUCGGAAACGUGAACGUGCUUCACCGGUUCCGCCACGUCAGCAUCGUGCUGCUGUCGGAGGACUGCCAGCUGUUCCUGCUGCCAGCUGGCUGGCGCCACGUCAUCACGCCCCACCCGCGGUGGGAGGGGCCGCACUGCGGGUUGAUCCCCGUGGGGGAGCCGUCGCAUGGGACAACGACAACCGGGCUGAGAUGGAAUCUGUCUAACACACCAAUGCGGUUUGGUGGCCUUGUCAGCACGUCGAACCUUGUUGUUGCGCCAACUGUCACUGUCGAAUCUGACGUGGACCUUAUCUGGACAUGUGCUGCCGACAUUCCCCAUCGCCUUAAACCUGUCAUCGUCGACAGUCGGCACGGCAGCGGUCAUCACGCCAAGGAUGCGAGCGACAGCGGCAAUAGUAAUCGGAAGCAGCUGGUUUCUCAGUCGACUCAGAAAUCCACCCAUCAUGGGAAUAGCAAGGUUGCGAGCGACAGCGGCAAUAAUCGGAGGCAGCUGGUUUCCUGGUCGACUCAGAAAUCCACCCAUCAUGGCAGUGGCACGGAUGCGAGCGACAGCAGCGAUAAUCGGAGGCAGCUGCAGCUGGUGGGGCACGUGAAGGCGUUUGAAGCCCAGCUACAGUUCUACGUGCCUCUCCCUGUCAGGAACCAUCCAGAGAGAACCAAUCUCUUUGUCGAACCCCUUGGCUUUGCCUACAACUCCUCCAAUCAGCCAAUCGUGCUGCUACAGUACCACGAGCACGACACGCACUGGGGCACUCUCGCCCACUGCCACGGCGACACGUGUCCCGCCCUAACCUCCUGCGGUCCGGCCUUCCCGAACCUCCGCGCCUGCUGGAACCCGGACCUGGUCGACCCGGUCCGGGUUUCCCUGGACCCGCCCGUGAACUGCCCGAAAAGAAACGCCUCAGCAGGGUUGGAUCCACGCACGAGGAAGCAUAUAUCGGAUGGGUACGAUGAGACGUGCUCGCACAGGGAGGAUUUUAACACGCGGGACGCCAUGGCACUACAGAUGUUUGAGGUGAAGGGCGCGUAUGUGACGGACAAGGGCUACGUGUUCAACCGCACACAUAGAUUCGUGCGGCCCGGCUGUGGCAGGUUCAAUGAGGUAUCCUUCACACCACAGCAGCAGGUGCAUUUGCUACCAGCGGCCUUCACAUGGAGCAACUCAUACGGAUUCAACUUCUACCACUUCGUUGCAGAGACCAUGCCGCUGCUCCUCGUCGCGGCGCCGCUGCUGCAGCACAUCAUGCCCUCCACGCCCAUCCUCGCCAGCCGCAUGCAGUGGGAGGUGUACAAGCAGUUUGGGGAGCCCCUUAUAGGCAUCGAGUACGAGCACAUGCGUGUGCUGCCUCUUGUAGCUCAGGAUCUCUUCUUUGUCGAAACGCUCUACGAGCCCAUCGCCCAGACCUGUGGCAGCCCCUCUAAAGCCCUCUGGAAAUCCCUCAGGCGAACCCACCUGCUGCAACCGCGCGGGCUGCCUCUCUUCCGCCCCGACUGGUCCUACCAACCGCCACCACCGCUGUCACCGCAGCAGGCGCAGGCGCUGCCUCCCGACUGGGUGGUGGUGCUGGCGAAGCGACCCGCCAAGAAGCGAUCCAUUAGUAACUUUGAGGAGGUGGUGGAGAGGACGUUUGCUAAGGAGAGGAUUGUGAAGUUCACCGGCUCAAUGUCUGUGCUGGAAGCUCGAGAGUUGUUUCGGCGCACAGUCUCUUCAUAG